AUGACGCCCGCCAACCCCAAACAGUCGAGCCUCAAAAGCCUUCCUACAGAGCUACUGGAGCAAAUCUUCCUCCAAUCCCUCAACGUUAACCUUCCAUUAGCAUCCUCGCACCUCGGCACGGCCUUGUCCUCGACCCGUACCAAGAUGGUAGUGGUUUGGAAGGUCUUCCCGAAUCACAGCGGUGCGUUCGAUGCAGAGGAUUAUGCAGAAUUGUCGGAAAUCCUUCAGGCCGGAGAUGCGGGCGAUACUUGUAUGGAAACAGAGAUUGAGAUUGGGAAGCUACAGUCCAGGAUCUUAGCAUGCCGGUGGAUGACGUGGGACUUCUUAAAGUUGUGCAUGGAAACGUUUGUUGUUAGGACCCUACUACGGGAGUUUCGAGUCCAGAAUCUCCCUUGGCAGGAGGAGUUGCCCGUGAAGGAGCAACCGUACAAUGCGGUCAAGGUGCCAUGGCAUGGCGGAGCGCCAGUCAAGGAUUCGGUGGUCAGGGACUUCGUACACGAGGUGUUCGCCCUCAAAGUCCAUCUCGGAAUCCGGUGUGAGGAGAAUUUGGAUGUUUGCGAGUACACUGAAGACGAGUUGAAAAUUAAGAGAGAGAAUUUCCGAAAAGGGAGGGAGGAAGGAGCCAAUAUCGAGGCCAACGGGGAAGAAAAAGAAGUACCGGAAGAACUGGAGUCAGGUGAUACGGACAGUGAUGAGAAUUUUGAUCGCGGAUACCAACGUCUAGGUGUCGACACCAGGGGAUGGAUACCAAAUGAAGACCAUACAGGAUAUGGUAUCAAGGAUGUAAGCAUUACGCCAUCGCUCGGGACUUGUAGCUGGGGCCCCCGUGAUGGUACACCCCGGGUCAGCGUUGGCAUAGAUCCCCGAAAUGGAGUGGUCUUCCUCCGGACCUGGCUGAAAUGCGAGAACGACUCCAGAAUGAUACAAACGACUCGUCGCAAGUGGAGAUGCCUAUGGUGUGACUUUCACCCUAACAUACCCGUCAAGCUGCUCCACGGGCCGUGGACCGAAAAUCAGCUGUCCUUCCUCCAGGUAUUGAUUGAGGGUGGCGCCAAACUUAGUCCGGAUAAGAAGGCGUACAGGAAGAUAGCAAAGAAUGGAUUGAUGGAAGCGAUCAGAGAAGACAAUUGUCGAGCUGUCGACUUGUUGGUAAUUGGAGACAUGGAAGGCCACGAGGAUGAUUACUUCCAGCCAGGUCUCAGCGAGUUAGAAUUCGCUGUGAACCUUGAGGAUGAUUUCUCAGAUUGGAUAAGAUAUUCAACGAAGCGCAGGACCGUGGGUAUCGAGCCGGAUACCGAACAUCUGAAACUCGCAGUCAUCGAACGUGGAUGUCGAAGGAACAUCGUCAGACGCCUCCUAUGGGCGAAACUCUCGGGCAUCGAUCGGGCUAAUCCCGCUGUGGUGGAUUGGGCAGGGAAGAAAAAGGAGCAAGGUGACAGCGUAGGGCAAUGGCUCUUGGACCAACUUACGCGGAGUGGGGGUAGAUAUGACGAGGUGAACGAUAUCGUCGAGCAACCUAAGGAACGAUAUCCUAGCUAUGACUCUAACAUUUCCGCACGCGGCAGCAAUGAUGGGACCCGAAGCCCAAUUGGCCAGGCUGAUGCUGCGUCAGGAUGA